AUGUCUGACAAGAAUACCUCGACCUUGCAAUCCUACGUCGACGUAAGGCUCGCUGCAAUGCAAGGAUCAUAUUGAGGAGAAACUGUAGGCUAAUAACAGACGUUCGUUUCCAGUCUGCUACCGGCGCUGUGCAGAGUGCCAUCGGCAGCUUGACCGGCAGCCAGCCUGACCAGCGUCAAGCCGAAGAACGCAAGAAGGAAGCCGAGGCUAAAGAUGCUCUCUCGCACACCGGAGGAACAGUAGGCGGAUACUCUGUCUCUGCGUCGGGUGUUGCGCAGAACGACCCGAAUCGCCAGGACGGCUCGUGGAACCAGACGAUUGGGUCUGGCAAGGAGGUACGUCCUAUUCCCUACAGGACGAGUUUUGAUGCUGAUAUACUGGUAAUCAGUUUGUUGGCGGUGCUCUCGGGAUGGAAGGCCUGAAGCAGGAAGGGCAGAAGCAGAACCAGCAGGGCAAGGCACAGGAGGCUCAGGGACAACUGAGCGACCUGGGGAGUGGUAUCAAGGACAGGAUGUCGGGGGCAGUUGGAGGUGCGGUCGCUGGCGUAACGGGUGAUCGCGAGGCCCAGCGUCGGGCUGCCGAGCAGCACGACAAGGGCAAGACGCUCCAGCGUGGCGUGGAGAGCGAGCUGGACAAGCAGGCCCAGGCUCAGGCCAACAAGCAGUGA